ACCAAUCUCCAACAACUGCUCCCUAUCCUGGAAGGUUUCCUCAGCAAGGCUCCCAACGUCGCCGAGCUGGAUAUGGUCAGGCAGUCGGUGGUCAUUCUGCUUGGCUCCCUGGCCAAGUACCUGACACCGGAAGAUCAACGAGUCGGCGCAAUCUUUUCGCGGCUUAUGGCCAUCAUCAACUUCCCUGCGGAUGUUGUUCAAACUGCAGUGGAAGACUGCUUGGCCCCACUGGCUCCAAAGCUGCCUCCUGACCAACUGGAAAAGGUCUGUCCCCGCCUCUUGUCCACACUGAUGAGCAACUCCGGUUAUGCUGAACGACGAGGUGCCGCCUACGCCCUGGCGGGCAUUGUUCGCGGUUGCGGCCUCGUCGCGCUAAAGCAGUACAGUAUUGUGGACAAACUGAUGGCCGGUCUGUCCGACAAGUCGCCAAAACACCGAGAAAUUGUCAGUGAUUCGCCUAAAGAAGGUGGCAAGAAGAAGUUGAAAGUGCUGUUAUUAAUUAAUUACGUGGCUGCCGCAGUCACCAGCCAGGCGGUCAUGAGUAAGCUCAGCGCCCACGGCAUCAAGUUGAUUCUGCCAAUUCUCCUCAAGGUCAUCGACGAAGAUAGUGCCUGGCGAACAAAAUGCCAGGCCGUCAAUGUGCUGGCCACUAUGACCAACUGUGCUCCCAAACAACUCUCCUCCUGUCUCCCACAAAUCGUCCCACGCCUACUGGCUGUCCUUGUGGACUCACAGGAGAGUGUCAAGAAGGCCGGCGCCAAUGCUCUCGCCAAGAUCGGAACGGUUAUCCGGAACCCCGAGGUUCAGGCCCUUGUGCCGCACCUAAUCGCCACCCUGCAAGACUCGCUGGCCGACAAGAUGACCUGCCUGCUGAUGCUGCGUGACACUUGUUUCACCCACAUUAUUGAUGCCGCCUGUCUGGCCCUGAUUAUGCCUGUCCUGCAGCGUGCCUUUGAUGACCGUUCAACGGAUAUCCGGAAGAUUGCUGCUCAAAUCUUUGGCACCCUGUACAGCCUUUCGCGCAAAGAGGAUCUCGAGCCAUACAUUCCACGUAUUCUACCCGGUCUCCGUAGUUGUCUGCUGGAUCCCGUUCCUGAGGUGCGCUCAGUCACGGCGCGUGCCCUCGGCGCUAUGGUCAGAGGAGUCGGCGAAUCCUGUUCAAAGGAACUUCUUCCCUGGCUCAUGUCGACUCUCACCUCAGAUCAGUCCUCUGUUGACCGAUCUGGCGCGGCACAAGGCCUCGCUGAAGUGCUGGGUGCCAUGGGUGUUCAACGUCUGCAGUCCAUUCUGCCCGAAUUUAUCAAGACCGCAGAGGCUACCAACAUCCAACCCUUUGUUCGCGACGGCUACCUCAUGCUGUUUGUCUAUCUGCCAGAAGCUCUUGCUGACGAGUGUGAGUACCUGCGGGACACUGCGCUGCAUGCUGGUCAGCGUAUAAUUGACCUCUUCUCGGAAGAAGCCGUAGAACUGCUGUUGCCAGAGCUUGAAGUUGGUUUGACGGACGCUGACUGGCGCAUCCGUCACUCAUCUCUCCAACUCACCGGCGAUCUUCUUUACAAGUUGGCCGGUGCCUCUGGAAAGGGUACCACCACUACCGCUGACGAGGACGACACCUUUGGAACAAACAUGGCCAGUCGCCGUAUCCAAGAGGCCCUUGGCACCGAGCGUCGCAACCGCGUUCUUGCUCGCCUCCAUAUUGCCCGCUCAGACCCGACCUACGUGGUGCGCCAGGCUGCCAGCCACAUUUGGAAGAUUGUCGUCGACAAUACACCGCGUACUCUGCGUGAGCUGAUGCCCACCCUUAUACAGCUUCUCAUCUCCUCGCUCGGGUCUCCCAUCCGGGAACAACAACAGGUUGCCGGACGUGCUCUCGGUGACUUGGUACGCAAACUCGGUGAGCGUGUUCUUCCCGAAAUUGUACCUUACCUGGAGGAGGGCCUCAAUGUCGAAGACGGAGACCGACGUCGUGGAGUUUGCAACGGCCUUAUCGAGAUUAUGCGCAACAGUGUUCCCGACCAGAUUGCUAGCUUUGCGGAUCGCCUUACCUCCCCAAUACGCCGCAGCCUCUGUGACUCCUCACCGGAGGUUCGCAAAGCCGGUGCCCGUGCUUUCGACCUGCUCUACGCCGCAAUCGGCCUGCGUGCCCUC